AUGCGGCUAAACUUUCGAGCCCCCCUUGAGACACACGUGAUGGUUUGCAUGAGAUGUCUUUGGAGAUCACACUUCACUGUAAAAGUGAUGGUCUUCAGAAGAUAGUUCUCAUCAACAACUUUUCAGGAAGAUGUUCAGCCCUCUGGUGGCUGAUCGGAAGGAGCGCGGGGAAGCAGCAUGACAUGUGAAAGGGUCGCGACUGCCUCACUCUCAUCUCUGCUCAUUUGAUCAUUUCACCGCCCUGGUUGACGAAGAAACCGAGUCGCGCAAUCAAUUUUUCAAUUGCCAGUAGUUCCCAGUCUACUGCUUUCCGUAAUCGCAGAAAUACAACGAUUCAAUUCUUCUCCCAAUUGACCAUGGCGUCGUCCUCGAGCAAGCACAAGCGACAAUCGUCAUCAAUGCAUCGCGCAUCUCUGGCCGCUCAGAAAACCGAAGUCAAGAUCCAUGUCUAUGAUUUGUUACCACCUGGUCGUCUCUCCUCGAUCCUCUGGAUAAUCGGCGGCUCUCUACUACAUUCCGGCGUCGUAAUCAACGAACGAGAAUAUGCCUACGGUGGCCACGAUCGCAAAGGUGUCAGUGGAGUUUACUGGACACGACCUAAACUCGAGCCUCCGGGUGGCACAUUCCGCUGCGAGAUUCUCCAUGGCUUUACCGUCCUCUCCCAAGAAGAAAUCACAACCAUAAUCAAUGACGCUUCACGACUUUUUCAAGGCACACGAUACAACCUUCUGAGCAACAACUGCAACCACUUCUCUUCAUAUCUCUGCGAGAAAUUGACGGGCCGGCCAGGACCUGCUUGGUUGAACAGAGCUGCAAGUGUUGGUCUUGCAUUGCCGUGCGUGGUGCCGAAAGAAUGGAUCUCACCGCCUGAUCACGAGACCGCUGAUGGCGAGCUACUAGAAGACGAAGAGGAAGAUCAAGAUGACGACGAGAGAGCUGCCAUGCUGCCUCGCGACAAGAGAAGGACACGCGACAAGAUUAGCAAUCAGCGCAUCUCUUCAAGGAACCAGACUCCUCCGCCACGAUUCGUCUCUGUCAAGGACACAAGUGGCAGAGAGAUGCCAGCCAGUGAAAGGGCACCGAUGCCUAAGAGAUGACGGUGCCUGAACUGGUGUAGCAAAAAGAUGGGUCGCAAGUCAUCAGACCGGAAACGUUCAGACUAAGGAGGAUGCGUUCCGGCUUUGGAGACGUGGAAACAUACAGCAUUAUGAUUAUGCUGACACCGUCAACUACCCGGGCUGGAUAUGCAUAUUCGUGCAUGCCGUAUGCCAUGGCUCGAGCAGGAUAUACAAGUACUCACCUGCGGCAACAGACAGAUUCAGGGACGGACAUCAUUUGGACCAUGAAGUUUGACGAGCAAUGAGAACAUGAGGGCACGAGAUUUCCACGCAGGACAAAGAAGCAAGAUGGAGACAUCGGGAAAGAAGACGUAUCAUGUUUCCCGCAGAAAUGAGUAGGAAGUGGUAUCGUAAUGCUAGCAAGAGCAAAGUAUCAAACCCGUAAAAGCGACCUCGUCAAGGGGCCUCUCGUCUCUCUUUAAGACAAUAAUAGCAAUCCAAGC